GGUUUUGCGAGCAGCUGCAUGCGAGAGAAAACCACAACGGAUCCCAGGUCCCAUCGACAAGAUCUGUCUAUUUGAAUUCCAGCGGAGAAAAACAUAGACGCGUGGGUGUGUUGUGUAGGCGGUUUGGUAGUUCCAACUAAAAAAAAUGGUCGAGAAUAAGAAAUUGAACAAAGAAAACAGGGACGAAAGGUCCACGUUACAUGCUCUUUUCCAAGAUUCUGCUCAAAGGCACCCCCACAAAACUGCUGUAAACUUUGACGAUGGGGAAACAGUUGUCAUGGUAACAUAUUCAGAUAUACAGAAAAGAGCUGAUGAGAUUACAACCUAUUUAGAACAGCUUCAUCUUCAAGGGGAAAUAGUUGGUUUGUACUACCACGCAGCGGCACUCCUCCCAGCGUUUAUUCUUGGUAUACUACAAGCCUCAGCAGCGUUUGCUCCAAUUGAUCCUACUGCUCCGACUGAAAUUAACAAAUAUUUUAUUGGGAAACUGAAUAUCCGAACAGUUCUUGUCCAGGAAGAAGUCAUUCAGAGAUUUCUGGACACUCUAGGAUCGGAGUUGUCAGUGAGGGUAGUUCAAUUCCUUUCUGAUCAUGGCCUUGUUGUUGUGGAAAUCCAAAGUCAGCAACCACUGGAAGUCAAAGUCAAGUCCUCAAUUCCAUGUCUGGAUAUUGCGUAUGCAGUUCAUACAUCCGGUACAACCGGCGUACCAAAAGUCGUCAAAGUGCCUCAUACUUGUAUUGUCCCUAAUGUUCUGCAUAUUAGAGAUAUUUUUGAUAUAACAUAUUUUGACAAUGUAUUCAUGGCUGCCCCAUUGACAUUUGAUGCCAGCAUUGUGGAGAUGUUUAUUACCCUAUCCCAGGGUGCAACGCUGGUCAUAGUACCAAAUAUCAUCAAAUUGAUGCCACGAGUACUUGCUAGAGUUCUGAAGAAAAACUGUGUUACUGUUAUGCAGGCAACUCCAACUCUCAUCAGACGAUUUGGGCAGGAUUUACUGCGGUCACAGAUACUGAGUGCAAAGAGUUCAUUGAGAAUCCUGGCAUUUGGUGGUGAACCUUGCCCAACACCAAAUAUCAUUCAAAACUGGCAAGGAAGGGAAAACAAAACACUGUUUUAUGAUUUGUAUGGAAUUACUGAAGUAUCAAGUUGGGCAACGUGUUAUCAUCUCUCCCAGGAUGAAAUUUUAUCUGAGUCUACUGAAAGCGUACCUUUGGGACAUCCAUUGAUUGGAACAGAGGUUGAUGUGAGAGGAAACGGAAAUAGUGUCAGCGAUACUGGAGAUGAGGGACAACUAUUUGUUGGUGGAGAAAGAUUUUGUUUGAUAGAGGAUGAAGCGGCUUCCAUGGAUACCAUGAAACCAACUGGUGACUGGGUAAAAAUAACUGAGAGAGGGUUGAUGUAUAUUGGUCGUCGUGACAACCAAAUCAAAAGAUUUGGAAAGAGGAUAAAUUUGUCCCAGAUUCAUAAGUUGUGUGAGGCAGUUCCCAUUGUUGAAUCAUGCGCUCCGAUACUAGAUAACUCGGGUAAAUUAAUUCUAUGCGCUGUGGUCGUAUCUGAACUGAAGUUCCAGAGUAAACAACAACAGGAAAAUGUGCUCCGCACGCAGCUGGAGGGAGUGCUUCCAUCCCAUGGAAUACCGGAUGAUGUCAUGGUUGUUCAGAGGUUACCGAUUACAGCACAUGGCAAGGUGGACAAUGAUAAACUGGUAGAAAUGUUUGAAAAUCGAAGCAUGGACGAAGAUAUUCCGUGUUAUAAUAAAGAACACCUUCAGCAGCUGUGGCAGAAUUCAAUGGGUGUGAAGUAUCCUGUUGAAGAAUAUGGAAAUUUUAUCAGGACUGGCGGCAAUUCCAUCAAUGCAAUCCACCUGACUGAAAGCAUUGAAUCAUGGGUAAAACUGUCCAUGCCAGAGCUCAUGGACGUCAUCCUGCACAAAACCUUUCAUGAUGUAUGUUUGUUGGUUGAAACCACCUUGAUCAACUCCAGCAAUUCUUGCCCAUCUCAUAAGCUGAAGAAAAAAAGUACGAGGAGAAGACCAGUCGAUGAAAAGUUUGCGAUGAAUCGUCGAAAUGACUCGCAAUAUACCAAGAGCCUGAAAAGAGUAAAAGUUGAAGGGUGUGAUAAAGAUCGUGAAAGUGACAAAAUUAAAUUAAGAAGCAAAGAUUCUGAGAUGGUAUAUGGUAAUGAUGAUGCAGAUAUCACAUCUUCAUCAGCCUGUUUCUCUAUCAGUAGAGGUUCCCGGUUAGUUACACAUGGUGGAUCACUUCAUGACAAUAUCACUUCUGAUAAUUCAGAUGAAAUAAAACCAGCGCCAGUGGCGGCAGAGAGAAGUGUACAGCUGAAAGAGAAAUGGUCAUGUGAUACAGGAAAGUGUGUAGAUGCUUCACCGCUAUUGGUUGUUGAAAGGAAUGGUGGUGUUGUUUACAUUGGAUCGCAUUCUCAUAAAUUCGUAGCGAUAUCGCUGGAUACUGGCAAAGCAUUGUGGGAAACUGAGUUAGGUGACAGGGUUGAGUCAUCGGCAUGUCUGUCUAAAUGUGGUCAGUACGUGGUUGUAGGUUGCUAUGAUGGUCUGGUGUACGUUCUCCACUCCCAGUCGGGUGACAUCGUCUGGCGAUACCAGACUGACGGCCCAGUGAAAUGUUCUCCAGUAUUGGAUGCACAGACAUCUUGGAUUAUUGUUGGUUCACAUGACUAUUAUUUACAUGCCAUUGAUAUACCGAGUAAAAGAUGUGUUUGGAGUUUGUUUGGUGGUGGUGGCUCUAUUUUCUCAUCUCCAGUAAUCGGUGACAAUCCCAGAGUCCUCUAUGCUGCAACCCUUGCUGGCAGACUAUUUGCUGUAGAUCCUGACUCAGGACAGCAAAUGUGGCAAAUCUUCUUACCAAAGCCUAUCUUCUCUUCCCUCACGAUCACAGACAACGGAGUCAUGUUUGGUUGCGUUGAUGGGAAUGUUUACCAUGUAGAUCACCAUGGCAACAAGGUGUGGACCUGUACAACUGCAGGACCGGUGUUUUCUACCUCAUCUCUACUACCUCUCGAUCAGUCAUGCGAGUCAUCACCAGCCAAUGACUAUGCAGUAUUUGGAUCACAUGACAAGUUUGUCUACUGUGUCUCGGUCAAAUCUGGUUGCAUUCGCUGGAAGUACCAGACUCCGUCGGAAGUUUAUUCAACACCGUUUAUAUUUAAGAACCAAACUCUGAAAUAUUUGUAUGAUUUACAUAGAAACGCUGAAAUAGGCAACUCUCAGGAAGAUUUAAUGAAAAAUUGUAAUAUUCCUCAAGACGAUGUGGAUUCAGAUUACUUCACAGUCGUCUGCUGUACGACAGGCUCCGUACUUGUUUUGCAUCUAUUUACGGGAAAAUUAAUUUCCCAGCAUUCACUUCAGGGAGAAAUCUUCUCGUCCCCUGUCGCUUACAGCAACCUCAUCAUUGUUGGUUGCCGUAACGAUAAUGUCUAUUGUUUUGAGAUGUGAAUUUUCAACUAGCUUCCAUCAUUGUAAACGGUGGCUCGACCAAUCACCUGUCAAGUUUGAAAUCAUGAAAACCAAAACGUGUUGAACAUAAUUUUGGCCAUUUUUAAAAACAAAAAUAGGCUUGCAAUUCAAAAAUGAAAAUGCCUUGAAUUCUGCUUGUGUUCAUUCAUUCCUUCCAACCAUAGGUAUUGUGUAUUGUUAGGAAUGAAUGAAUAUUGAUUUCAAAAUUUGUUACAAGAUGAAUUUUAAUAAACCAAGAAAUAUAAUUUGUAAUUACCAAGUGUACCAGAGCUGUAUAUAUAUUUCCCACCAAAUUGAUUUAAUUAUUAUUGAUGUUUUCAAAUUAUUAAAUUUAACUGAAAUAUCAUUAGUUUAUUAUCAGUUUGUUUAUCCUAGCUUAUAAACUCAGCUGUAAGCUGAAGCCGAGAUUAUGGUGCGACUCCAAUUGUCCAAUUCCAAUAAAUAUACUAUUCGAAGUUUGCUGCAAGUGUAUUUGGGUGACCUCAAUCGGAUGUCAUUUUAUGACUAUCUGCAGUUUACGAUUGGCAAUUUUUUCUUCUUCAGAUUUUCAGAAAUUUGGUGUAUAUAUGCAUUUUUGAUCUUUUGAUUAUUUUUGGUGACAAUAUGAAUUUUUGAUUUUCUAAUUGAUAUUUGAGGUGAGGUAGUCUACUUUCAGAUUGAUCAGAAAAUACAAUUGUUUCAUCAACUAUUCAACUUAUCACGCCUCUUAAAAACUACAAUUGUAAUUGUUUGAAGGGCGGAUAGUCGUCGUGUCGCGUACUGUUCGAUAUGGGACUCAUAGCGACGUAUACAAUCAUGUAAAAUACAUUAUUUAUUGACAUGAAAUUCGAACACGCGCUGCACGAUGACAACCGCGCUUUAAUUAUUGUACCACUCUGCUGCAUGGUACUAGUGGAAACUGGUUAUUGAUCUGGAAUCCAUGAUCAACUUUACUGCGGAAAGCAUCA